GAAGAUGGCUGCAGCGGAAGUGGGCGGCGGCGGCGUCUAAGGCAGUGUCUGUUUGUCUUGGGCGUGGAGGCGGUGUUGGUUUGGGGUAGGGGAGAGGGCUGAGGGAGCCGGGACCCCGCACCGGGGACCCGCGGGAUGCUCGGGGCAGACUGAGUGGGGUCCUGGCCGGCGGCUGGGCAGGGGGCGAUCUAGCGUAUGAGCGGGGCUGCGGCGCGUAGGCCGGGGGCGUCUCUGCCGCAGCGCUCGGGCCUCCAUCUUGGCGGCAGCUCCGAUCCAGGCCCGACCGGGCCCCCCCCCUCCGCCGCCGCCGCUGACCCUGAUAUGGCCUGGGUGCUGAAGAUGGACAAGGCAGUGGAAACGGGCCUGGUCCACGACUUCGACGCCAGCUUGUCGGGCAUCGGGCAAGAGCUGGGCGCGGGCGCCUACAGCAUGAGUGACGUCUUGGCCCUACCCAUUUUCAAGGAGGAAGAUGCUGGCCUUCCAUUGGACGGUGACGCCAAGCAGCCGCCCUUUCAGUACAUCUUGUAUGCUGCGACCUCCCCUGCGGUCAAAUUACAUGAUGAAAGCCUCACUUACUUGAACCAAGGUCAGUCCUAUGAAAUCCGGAUGCUGGACAACCGGAAGGUGGGAGAGAUGCCCGAGAUCAAUGGGAAGCUGGUGAAGAGCAUUAUCAGAGUGGUGUUCCAUGACCGAAGGCUCCAGUACACAGAGCACCAGCAGCUGGAAGGCUGGAAGUGGAAUCGCCCUGGGGACCGCUUGCUUGAUCUCGAUAUUCCGAUGUCUGUGGGUGUCAUCGACCUGAGGACCAACCCAGGCCAGUUGAAUGCCGUUGAGUUUCUCUGGGAUCCUGCAAAGCGCACGUCCGUGUUUAUUCAGGUACACUGCAUCAGCACGGAGUUCACUCCGCGGAAGCAUGGCGGGGAGAAGGGGGUUUCUUUCAGAGUCCAAGUUGACACAUUUAAACAGAAUGAAAACGGUGACUACACUGAUCACCUGCACUCAGCGAGCUGCCAGAUUAAAGUUUUUAAGCCUAAAGGAGCAGACAGAAAACAGAAAACUGACCGAGAAAAGAUGGAGAAGAGGACGGCUCAGGAGAAAGAAAAGUACCAGCCUUCAUAUGAGACUACAGUCCUCAGUGAGUGCUCCCCGUGGCCUGUUGCAAGUGGAGCCUAUGGAAGUGAUAGCCCUGCUCCUGCUCCCACUUUCACCUCUGCUCAGCACCCCACCUUCAGUGUCCCAGAUAGCAGUUCUACCUCCCCAAACCAUCAAGGAGAGGGAAUUCCCCAAAGCUCCAGUGAACGGAUUUAUCCAACAGCCACCAUCCAAGAAGUUCAACAGUGGCUGGCCAGGAACAGGUUCUCCAGCUAUGCCAGGCUCUUCACCAAUUUCUCAGGCGCAGAUUUAUUCAAGUUGACAAGAGAGGAUCUCAUACAAAUCUGUGGUGCAGCUGAAGGCAUUCGUCUCUAUAAUUCACUGAAGUCAAGGACUAUUCGACCUCGUCUCACGAUCUACGCCUGCCAGGAGCAGCCCAGGACCAGACUGAUGGUAAGACCAAAUACAGGCCAAGGAGAACAAAGCAGUAGUGCAAUAUUUGUUUAUCAUGCGAUCUACCUGGAAGAAGUGGCAGCUUCAGAAGUCACUCGGAAAUUGGCUUCAAUAUUUAAUAUUCCUCUGCACCAGAUCAACCAGGUUUACAGACAGGGUCCUACCGGGAUUUACAUUCUCCUUAGCGACCAGGUGGUUCAAAAUUUUCAAGAUGAGAGUUCUUUCUUAUUUGCCACUCUAAAAGCAGAAAAUGGCGAAGGGCUCCAUAUCCUUUUGAAAUGAAACUUAAGUAUGUGCUGGCCUUGCUUCAGUACACAUUGAAGUCUCACUUCAUCCUCUAUGUAUAUAGACUGGACCUGAGUGACACUGGGAUUGGACUUUACCACUUAAAAAUGUUUCAUGUUGAUAGUGCUAGUUGUCCUUCGUGAACCUCUGCCUGAGAGGCAGACUUGAUUCUUGUCACUGCCAUUAUAAGCCCUCCUGGGAGGCACAGUGUCCCACGCCACAGGGAAGUGCAAAAAUAGAGAUGGACCAUCACUGGACUGCUCACCAUCAACUGGACCUGGAAGCCACUUCACUCUCCGUGACACUGUGUCCAGUUUGGAAAUGAAUGUAGCCCUACCUGAGCCAGUUAUUUGUCCCUACUUGUAUCCUGCAAUGACGGGGAGGUCUGAGGGAGGAUGCCUGGAAAUCUGUGUAGAGACCAGCGAGGCUGGAAACAUCAGGUUGUGGGUCAGGCUCCCUUCCAAUGAGUGGGAAUUGAGUCUGAGUGGGAGGGGGGUUUAUGUGAGGUGUGGGUGGAGAUGUGGCGUGUGACUCUGAAGCUAUCUGUGCCCAGACAUGUCCCAGGGCCACACAUUCAUUGGAGCUUGCCAAAUACAGAAGCAGUGGAGGUGCUCCCUUUCCUAGCAUCCCCAUUUCCUUUUUUGGGGGAAGCUCUUCUCAUGUCAAUUUUUUUCCUGUUUUUCUUUACCUUUAUUCUUUAAAAAAAAAAAAAAAAAAAAAAAAGGUUGAACUCUUGGCCUAGACUCUAGAGAAAAAUAACACAAUAGAUAUGUCUUCCUGGAGGCAAGAGUCUGGGACUCACUGCUGGGAGAGACUUGAAAGGCCACAUGCAGUGCCUGCCCUAUCCUCUUUCAUUUGGGUGGGCCCAGACAUGAUGGCCCUUUACUCCUUGUUUCUGGGGGCAUUAGGACUUCUAUACAUCCAGAGACAGGCCUUCAUCAUAUACUCCAGGAUUUCCUCAUCAAUUAAAGAGGCCAUUUUUGGUUGUUCUUUCCCUUUGCUAUUUUCAUUACAUCUUUUGGGCCAAACUAUUCACAAAAGUAAAAUCUGGGAUCAUUUUUGAGCUCCUUGGUCAUGCCUAAUGUAGUGUUACAUGCUGAAGAUAUGUGUUGACUUUUGUCCCAUUAUAGUUUUAAAUUUUGUGCAUGCCUGUAUGCAUGUUUGUACCCAUGUGUGUGUAUUCCUGGAUUUCUGGUGGGGAAGGUUAAGUCUAUCUUUUCUCACUGGGAUGGGGUCCUAGUUUUAGAAUUCUGUAGUGCUUAUGUGUAGACACUGAGGAGAACUGAUCCCCACCAAAGGCAGAAUUUCAUUUUUCCCAUUCUAACCUUCAGAAAGGAGCCUUUUUUAUGACCAAAUAUUUCAUUCCUUAGUAAUAAGGUAGAAGAGGGGAAAGCCUGAGUUUGUUCCACUUAUUGGUGACCUUUGGAGGUCUCCAUUCAGAACUCAGCGUGUGGGCCACUCCCAUUGAACCCUCUGCUCAAUUUCAAAGUUGACCCCACAGUUUGAGAAGUGGGGAAAUUGCCCACUUGAGGCUAUCAAACCUCAGAUUUCACAGAGGAAAAUUGUUAAUCAGUUUACCUCCAGACCCCAGAAUUAGAUUAUCACACUAGCAUAUUGCUGUUUUAAAGAGUAGGAUAUACACAUUUUAGUCUUAACUAUAAUAAAUGUUGUCUGAACAAAAAAAUUCAAUUUUUAUUAACAUUUUUCAUUUUUACCUGAUCUAGAUUUUCCCUUAUAUCCAAAAAGUUAUCCCUUAUAACAAAGAAAAAAGAAAGGCAAAAAAAAAAAAAAAAA